CACUCUUCACUCUAUCUCUCUCUUUCUCUCUGCCUCAGGUUACCUAUGCUGAAGUUAGUCACCAACGCUUCUUGAAAAUUCUUGCCUAGAUAAAUGUCCUGGAUAUAACUCUUUCAGGGGCAUUAAUUCAACAUAUCGAGCAGAAAAAAGUAUAGGGGAGGCAGUGGUUCUGGCUCUUCAUGCUCUCUACAAGGUUCUGUUCUGGGUGAAAUAAAGAUGUCAGAGAUUUUGGAGCAGCUGGGACAUAUAGAUUUACCGAAUGUCAAGUGUACAAAAAAGUAUAGAUCUGAUGAAGCCAUGCAUUUUCCCGGUCAUGACGGCCCCUCUUGUUCUUUAAAUGAGAACCCCGCCACCAUUAAUAGUGUGGUGGAUAUAGUUGCUACAAUUUCUAACAAGAAGAAGAAGAAGAAGAAGAAGAGAAAGAAAGGCAAGUCAACUAAAAGUUCCACUGAUAUAACACUUGAUGGCACAGGAUUAAGAAAAUGCGAUUUAGACACUGAAGUUGGUUCUUUUCAGUUAUCCAGGGAGGGGAUGAACAAUCCCUCAUCUAAGUAUGACGCAGACUUGAAGAAGGAUCCUCCAUCUGCUGGUGUUAGUCUUCAAUUGCCACCAUGUACAUCUGAAUUUUGUGAAAAUCAGAAUGCUCACAAUGGCAAGAAACUCCCUCAAUGUUCCAAGAUCAGAAAUUCUAAUCUCACCGACAAUUACUUACCAGAUGCUAUGCAGAAUCAUAAUGAUUGUGAAUCCAACAACCGCUGUGAGGGCUCAAAAAUCAGCAGGCAAGAGCCUGAAGAACUAAGCAACAACUGUUUUUCAGAGCAUCUUGAGAACCAGUCUCCCAGACAUUUAUCUCGAUGCAAUACUUAUGAGAUAAUGAAUUCCAUGUCGUGUAAGGCCAAAAAUUGUAUUGGUGACAACCAUGGAGAUACCAAUAUCUGUGAACUGUGUCACAGUGCCUGGAAUGUUCAUGGUAUCACUCCAUGUAAUGAUUUUAAAUCUAACAAUUUGACAUCUCAGUGCGAUGUUGUACCCAAAACUAACAGUCAUUUCCCUAUCCAGGUUGGGAGGGGAAAUAGCUGCUUAGUCCAGCAGAAGAAUCAGAACAAUGCAAAGGGUGCACAACCCAACUGGAAAAGAAGAUCAAGUUUUUGUUAUGUAGAGAGGGAUGUUUGUCUGCUAGAGAAGAAUCUUUGGGUCAAGCAUAAUUCAUUUUCAAGUAGAGGACUGUUACCCAGACCCUUAAUUUCACCUCCAGGCUACAAGAAAUCUGCACAUGGAAUUAAAAUGAUGGUCAACAAAGAGUCAUUAAUGCAUGCGAAUAUGCCGCCAUUGGUUGAAUCUCCACAAUGGGCUUCUCAGCAGAAGUUGAACAGGGUAUUUUAUAAACAUGUUUCACAGUUAAGUCAACCAAGUACUAUGGAAAUUGACUGUGGGAAAUCAAAAUCAUACAAUUCAUUCAAUCAUGAGAACAACUACAGUAUAAAGGAAGGACUGGGAAGCUAUGGUGGCAACUUCUUUAGGCUUCAUGAUAAGUCAGUUCUCUUUCAAAAAGAAUCAUCACAGGUUUGUUAUGAAUUGUAUCAGUACAAAAAUGGGAAUUCUGCACAAAGAGCCAGUUACAAUAGUCAGUACACUGCAGGUUAUGGUUCCUACUAUUUAAAUUCAUCUCCUGCAUUUUCCCCUCUCAUAAGGCGAAAUGCACCUCCCUCAACAGAUUUGAUAAUGCCAGGUCAAUGUGAGCUAAAUGGGUUCCAGCCACACAAUUGCAUGAAGGCUCCAAGGAUGGAAGGUGUGUCAAGUAGGUCUUUUCGUGCACCUAUAGACAGAAAAAUGUGCCCAAACUUGAAAUUUCAUAAUGGACCUAAACAUAGCCCAAGUGUAAAGAAGUGGAUUCCCGUUGGUACAAAGACGUCCAAGCUUCUGAAACAAACUAGUUCUGCUGGUGAAUCCUGCAUUGCAGAAAAUUCCAGUGCCAAAGUAGAUAGUCAGGAAGUUGUAACUGUAAGUGCUAAAGAUCACCAAAAAAAUUAUAAAAAACCCAACUUCAAUCCCAAGUUCUUAAUAGGCUCACAUAUAUCUGCAGAAGCUUUUAAGGCAGCUUACCAAAUGCAACUUGAAUCGGAGGUCAUUCACCUUGUUAUGGGCUAUCCACUUGCAGAAUUUGAAAGGCUGGUCCAUUCUGCUGCUCCAGUAAUCACUUCUUCAUUUGUAUAUGAAAAAUGUGCCAUUUGCACAGAUAAUCAGCUGUCCCAUUGUUUCCUCUGCAAGCACCAGAUACCUAAUGUAUCACUACGUGCUGUUUGGAACUGGUAUGAGAAGCCGGGGAAUUAUGGGUUGGAAGUCAAGGCAGAAGAUUCUCGGAAUCUAAAGGGGUUGGAUAUUGAUUCUAUGUCCUUCCAUGCUCAUUUUGUUCCUUUCCUUUCAGCCGUCCAGUUGUUUGGCUUCCCUCGUCCCCCCAAGCAUUCUGUUAAAAAUAGAGAGCAUGCCAACCUUGAAAUGCAGGGCAAAGGAGAACUUGAAUCUCACUCAUCUUUUCCCGCAACAUCGUUUGUCAGACAAUAUCCAGAAGAUUUUGAGGUUCAGGGGAAUGAGGAAGAUGGUAUAGAACCAGUGGCUAAUUGUGACUCAGUUGAGGAACCUGUCAGUUCAUUGAAGUUUUCCCUAUGCAAUGAAAGUGAUAGUUUGAGUUUAGAUUGUUUGCCUACCUUCUUGGAUACCGAGCUCUUAUUUGAAUUUUUCGAAUCUGAGCAGCCACAGAAUCGAAAGCCUCUUUAUGAUAAAAUUGUAGAGCUCAUUGGCACUGGAUCUUCUAAUAAUCAAAUAUAUGGUGACCCAUCAAAGCUAGAACUUAUGAAGCUGCACGAACUACAUCCUGCAUCUUGGUUUUCAGUGGCCUGGUAUCCAAUAUAUCGAAUUCCAGAAGGGAACUUCCGUGCAUCAUUUUUGACUUUCCAUUCACUAGGGCAUCUGGUCCACAAACUCCUUUGGAGUGAUUCUCUGAAUAAAGACGUAUUCUGCAUUGUCUCCCCCGUGUUAGGAUUGCAAAGCUACAAUGCACAGGGUGAAUGCUGGUUCAAUCGAAAAAUACCAGUUGAAACUUCUUUGAAAGAAUCAACACCUUUCAAUGGUUCUGAAAUCCUUAAAGAAAGACUCAAAAAACUAGAGGAAAAUGCACUACUUUUUUCCAGAGGGUGUGUUUACAAAAAUAAUGUAAUGUCAUUCAAUCGGCAGCCAGAUUAUGAGUUCUUUCUUUCCCGGAAAAGUUAAGUUGGUUUUUUCUUAUGCCAUAUCUUCCAAUGAGGACAUUUUUCUUACCAUUACUGUUUAAGAAUUGGGUUUACUUACACUGGCGAUAUAUUUGUAAAGUGGAUAGGAAAAAGAUGAGAUACUACUGUUUGGGCGGCCUAACCAUUGUAUGUUAGUUUUUGUUGGCAAUGUAAAACUUUUAAGAGUUGAAAAGCUGAAGCCUUGUUCGAUUCAAUUUUGUAUAGCCAGAUGACAUCAUCCUCAGCUGUUGAUUUUCACAUUAUAGUUCCGUUUCUGAAUUUUGAUGUAAAUAAACGAUACUAUUGACAAAUCCUUGGUAGAGAUCU